AAUAAAAAACAAUUGACCCUCUCCAAGAACUGGAGUUCUGACCCCUGCCGUCGUCAGUCACUCCGUCAAACCGCCAACUUUCUUCAUCCUCGAACCGAAUUCUCUCCUUGGAUCUACUCCUUGUACAGCAAUGGCUGAUUUGGGUGGCCAUCCUGGGUCGCAGAGACCACCAUUAAAUCCCCAAGCAAACCCAUUUGGCAAUGCAUUCUAUGGAGCAGGAUCUGGGAUCAUCCGAGGUGGCUUGGGGGCCUAUGGAGAGAAAUUUCUGGGUUCAAGCUCUGAAUUCAUGCAAAGCAAUAUAAGCAGAUAUUUCUCCAAUCCCCAGUAUUACUUUCAAGUAAAUGAUCAAUAUGUCAGGAACAAGCUGAAGGUAGUCUUAUUUCCAUUCUUACACAGGGGACAUUGGACAAGGAUUACCGAACCAGUUGGGGGCAGACUUUCCUACAAACCUCCUGUUUAUGAUAUAAACGCCCCGGAUUUAUAUAUACCUCUCAUGGCUUUUGGCACGUAUGUUAUCCUUGCAGGAUUCUCAUAUGGUCUUCUUGGAAAGUUUAGUCCAGAAGCAUUGAGCAUGCAAUUCACAAGAGGAUUGGUCGGUUGGUUUGUUCAAGUUUCACUCCUAAAAGGAAUGCUAUAUUCCUUAGGAGGCGGUGAAGCCCCAUUCCUUGACAUUGUAGCAUACGGUGGUUAUGCGUUCGCUGGAGUCUCUUUGGGUUUAUUAGCCAAACUUUGCUGGAGUUUCUCGUAUUAUUUUGUUAUGUCUUGGAUGAGUAUUUGUAUGGGGAUGUUUCUGGUGAAGACCAUGAAGAGAGUGCUGUUCACAGAGGUGAGGAGUUAUGAGAAGCAUCCGACGAGGCAGAACUAUAUGCUGUUGUUCAUGGGCAUUGCUCAGUUUCCUUUGUUUUUCUAUCUUGGAAAUCUUGGGGUGUAAUUUGGUGAUGUAAUUGAAUUUUGUUUCUUAAAAAUUGUGUAAUGGCGUAUAAACAGAUAUUUAAUAGUUUUAAUGAUGCUUGUUUUAUUAAGCAUGUACUACGUUCACUUGUAUGUUGCUAAUGGAGAAAUCAAGAAUAUGAAAGUGGCGUUGAGUUCUCGGGUUUGUUUGA